AUGCGCCGAUUUGGCUCAGCUAUUGUCUUGUAUGUGUUUUACUUGGGAGGUCGGUUGAGUCCGGUGAGGGGCGUGAGUCCACCAGGCGACAUGCCUAUGAACCUGUUAGAUCUGGAACCGGCAACGACGUUGCACUUCUGUAAAACGCCGACGAACACGUCGCCAAAUAGGAAGCUGAUGCUGAGCAACAAGACUAGCGGAUACGUCGCCUUCAAGGUGAAGACCACGGCUCCAAGGUCCUAUCUAGUCCGGCCCAGCGCAGCUACCCUCGGGCCUCACUGCAAAGAGGAGGUGACCAUUAUCCUGCAGCCACCAGGCGAAGGGCAAAACCACCGGUUUUUGGUGCAGGCAGUUCAGGUGACUUCAUCACAGGCGGUCAGCCGAGAACAGUGGAGCGAGUUUAAGAAAGAACAGAUUGAAGAACAGCGUCUCAACGUCGUUCUCGAGGAGUUUGAGACAGAACCUGCAGCGACCCACGAGAACUUCUUUUCUGGGUCCGGGCCAGUGACCGACGCCUCGAGAGUGCCCGGAGGGGAGGCGCCGGCGGACCUGCAGGUCAAGUAUGAUGAGUUAGUGCAGUACACUCUCAUGCUAGAGAAGCAAAAGAAGAAACUGGAGGCAGAGAUAGAAGAGCUGAAGGGCUCCAAGCCUUUGUCCUCCAGUGAGAGUGGCGGUUACAACCUUUUCCAUAUCCUUCUGGUCGCUUUGAUCUCCUUUCUGCUCUCUUAUGCCGCCAAAUUCAUCGGCUGAGAACAGCCCUUCUGCAGGAAACACCGAAAUCGCGCCGCAGUGAGCCUUGACCGUGGCCGACAGAGGUGGCUGCGGCCCCAAAA